AUGCCGGAACAGCCGAAACUCGCAAACUUCUUUGGCGGCGGAGCGAGUGCCAACGCGGCUCCUUCAUCGUCGUCGUCGGCCAAAUCGCGCCAGCUCGACCUCAAGUCGGCAUUCGCCCCGAAAGCGUCCGCCUCGACCAAGCGCGAAGCGACCUCGACGCCGCCUGCCACCUCGACAGAUCCAGCGCCAGCUCCGGAGGCGCCCAACGCAUCCCCAUCACAGCCGGCUGUGCCGCAGAGAAAGAAGCGCAGGAUCGUCGAAUCCGACGACGAGGACGGCCCCGACCCCGCACCCACACCAGCCGCACCAAAGGAGGCACCACCCGUCGCAGCCAUCUUUGCCAAAAAGCCAGCGACGACCACUCCCAGCAACACAGCACCCAAGCAAAGCAACCCAAUCGACGCCACACGCAGCGAUGCCGAGUCCGACGAUGCCGGCUCGGAAGUGGAGGAGCCCGAGGACGACGACGAGGACGACGCCGACGUACAAGAGGAAGAGCAAAAGGGCGCCAAGAAGCUCGCUGCGAUCUUCCAGAAGCCGUCGGCGGUGCGCGACACCAAAGUGAGCUGGAAGCAGGGCGAACCCGUCCCCUACGCGGCGCUCGCCGCCGCGUUCAGCGAGAUCCAGGCGACAACCAAGCGGCUGGAGAUCACCGAGAUCCUGACGCAGUUUCUGGUGCGCGUCAUCGAGCGGUCGCCCGACAACCUGCUGCACGUCGUCUACCUGUGCAUCAACCGGCUGUGUCCCGACUACGAAGGGCUCGAGCUCGGCAUUGGCGAGUCGCUGCUCAUCAAGGCCAUCGCCCAGUCCACGGGGCGCGAAGUGCCACGCAUCAAAAAGGACCUCGAGUCGCUCGGCGAUCUCGGGCUGGUGGCGCUCAACUCCAAGAAGAACCAGCCGACCAUGUUCAAGGUGAGCAGCCUCAAGGUGCCGUCGGUGUUCAAGCAGCUGCGCGAGAUCGCGCUCGUGGCGGGCAACAAGAGCCAGGAUCGCAAGAUCGGCAUGAUCAAGAAGCUCCUCGCGGCGUGUCAGGGCGAAGAACCCAAGUUCCUCAUCCGCUCGCUCGAGGGCAAGCUGCGCAUUGGGCUCGCGGAGCGGUCGGUGCUCGUCUCGCUCGCGCGCGCCGUCGUCAUCUCCAAGCUCGGCAAGUCGAUCGCAAAGCUGCCGCAGGAGACGCUGGCGAGCAAGCUCGAACAGGGCACCGAGGUGGUCAAGGCCGUAUACUCGGAACUGCCAUCGUACGAUCUCGUCAUCCCGGCACUGCUCAGGGGCGGGGUGGAGGGGCUGCGCGACGAGUGUAAGCUUACGCCCGGUGUGCCGCUCAAGCCGAUGCUGGCCAAGCCGACCAAGGCGAUCAGCGAGGUGCUGGACCGGUUCGAGGGCCAGCCGUUCACGUGCGAGUACAAGUACGACGGCGAGCGCGCGCAGGUGCAUCUGCUGGCGGACGGCAAGCUCGCCGUGUUUUCGCGCAACUCGGAAAACAUGUCGGUCAAGUAUCCCGACCUGGUGGAGCAGAUCCCGCGCUGCAUCCGGCCCAGCGUCAAGUCGUUUGUGCUCGAUGCAGAGGCGGCGGCAUGGAAGAAGGCCGAGCUCAAUCCGGACACGGGCGUGCACGAAGCUGCCAAGCUGCUGCCCUUCCAGGAGCUGAGUCGACGCAAGAGGAAGGACGUCAAGGCGGCGGACAUCAAGGUGAAAGUCAAGCUGUUUGCAUUCGACCUGCUGUACCUCAACGGCGAACCUCUUCUGUCGCGCCCGCUCGACGAGCGUCGUCAGCUGCUGCUCGAGCAUUUCACACCGGUCGAGGACGAGUUCGACUACGCAAGGGCCGAGGACGGCACGUCGGUGGAGCAGAUCGAAACGUUCCUCGAACGCUCGGUCAAGGAAGGCUGCGAGGGUCUCAUGGUCAAGAUGCUGCGCGGGCCCGAUUCGACCUACGAGCCCUCGCGCCGCUCCAUGAACUGGCUCAAACUCAAAAAGGACUACCUCGCAGGCACGGGUGACUCGCUCGAUCUCGUCGUCAUCGGUGGCUAUCUCGGCAAGGGCAAACGCACCAACGUCUACGGCGCCUUCCUGCUCGCAUGCUACGAUCCGGACUCGGAAAAGUUCCAGUCCAUCUGCAAGAUCGGUACCGGCUUCACCGAGGCCGACCUGGACGCGCACUACGCCACGCUCAAGCAGCUCGAAAUCGGCGCGCGCAAACCGUACUACGACGUCGGAGAUGCCAAGCCCGACGUAUACUUUGACGCCAAGGUCGUAUGGGAGGUUCUCACCGCUGAUCUUUCCCUCAGCCCCGUAUACACGGCUGCCAAGGGGUUGGUGGACCAGCGAGGCAUCAGUUUGAGAUUCCCGAGGUUCAUCAGGAUUAGGGACGAUAAGGCGCCCGAGGACAGUACGAGUCCCGAGCAGAUCGAAAGCAUGUAUAGGGCGCAGGCGGUGAACAGCUCCAAGUCCAAGUCGGCACUCGAUGAAGACGAUGGCUUCUGGUAG